AUGCCUUCUACAAUGCGAUGGAUCUGCGCGAUCAUGGCACUGCUCGUGGCCGCAACCUGCAUCUUGGCUGGACCCCUCCCCAGCUUCGAUCCAGCCAUUCAGUCCUUGACCGCGAGCAACUUCACCAGCUCCACCGACAAUGGCAUGUGGUUUGUCGAAUUCUUUUCUCCCUUUUGCGGACACUGCAAAAAGUUUGCACCAACCUUCCACGACAUCGCUGAAUCCAACCGCCAUCUCGAAGACUCAUCCAACUUCCACAUUGCUCGCGUCAACUGCAUCGCACAGGGCGAUCUUUGCGAAAGGCAAAACAUCGAGGGAUAUCCUUCCCUCGAGCUCUACCGAGACGGCACCUGGGUCGAUAGCUAUACGGGCGGGCGCGACUACGAGGAGCUCGAUGCCUACAUCCAGGCGAGAGCAGCGGAUCACCGCAAGCUCAUGGCAGUGUUCGGUUCCAACAGACAUUGA